UAACCACCAAUUCAUCAAAACACACUCUUUUGAAUUAAUGAAAAUUCAAACACAUUCCUAAUAGUAUUCACAUCAACAAUGGCAAUGAGAUCCAUAAUAAUCUCACGUGCACAUCCUCUCUUGUCGAAUGCACGAUCAGCUCGUCGUUUUCUAAGCGAUCAAGGUGGCGGCCGUGUGCUCGAAGAUGAAGAACGUGCACGUGAGAAUCUAUACGUGAAGAAAAUGGAGAAAGAGAAGCUGGAGAAACAGAAACAAAAGCUGGAAGAGAAAGAGAAAACCGAUAAGGACAAAUCUGACAAGAAGCCUUGAGGACUGAAGAUGGAUCUGCACUUGUUGGCUGCUUACUGAAUGAAUAAAUGUGAGUUUGAAGGUUGCUAUACUUUGUAUUACGUUUUUUAAAUUUAUGCAAUUUUUAAAUUUCUUGUAUUACGUUUUUUCUGAUAUACUUUGUAUUGUUAUUAAUUUUGAGUAAUAUAGUUAUUAUUUGUUGUCUAGAA